CACGGGGCAGUAAAUAUGAGACGGACGCGCUUCCUGUUUUGAAUCGGGCUGCUUGUCGUUGGUGAAGAUGGUGAUGAUGUGAGUCAUCAGCUGAAGAGCGUCCUGCUGAAGACAUGGCUGUGAGCUCGGGCUGCAGUACGGUGCUGAUGUCGGUGCGGGUGUCGGUUCGGCCGCUGUCUGUGGGCUCGGACUCACUGCGACUGCAGCUCAGCAUGAACCCGAACCGCGCGGGACUCUUCACGCUCACACUCCGACACACCGACCGCGGAGGACGCAGCGUGUCUCUGGCAGAGUUCGAUCUGCGCUCAGUCAAGUACGAGGUCAAAACGGCUCGAUGUCACGAAAUGCGUCUCAGCAAGCCGCCCCACGACUGCCUCACGUUCACCUUCCGCAGCGAGCAGGAGGCGCAGGAGUGGGCCACCGUCAUGAUGUCAUCGCUCCGAGAGUCUCACAGAGUUGCCAACAUUUCUCAUCCUUCAAAUGAUGGAGAGCAGAAAACGAAGUGUGGAGAGAGAAACGCAUCAGUCUUGUCACUGUCAAUGAAAGAGGAGCUGUGUCUGGAGCUGUCUCGAGCGAUCGAGGCUGGAGAUGCUCACGCCGCUGUGCACUACGCCACAGAUCUGGCCAAGCAGCAGAUCACCCUGAGCAUCCAGCCAGCGCCGCGGGACACGGACCACACCGAGAUCAGCUUGGCUGUGGUAAUAGAAGACGCGUCGUCCUCCUGCUGUGUCACAGUGAAAGUCGUCCCUCACGUGACCGUGGCCUCUCUGAAGCAGCAGAUGUUUGUUGAGUAUGGUUUCCACCCCAGGGUGCAGCGCUGGGUCAUCGCUCAGUGUCUGUGCUCGGACGGACGCUCUUUAGCGUCGUAUGGCAUCUACAGAGACGGUGACACUGCGUUCCUCUACCUCCUGUCUGCUCGGCACUGCCUCGGUCAGCAGCAGGAGAACGGUGUGUCCAUGCCCCUGAACACCACGCUCGGCCCCUCGCCGGCCCCCAGCGGCCCCGUCAGCCACGACUGGAGAGGAUACAGCACGCUUCCCCCCCGCCUGAGCCACAGCAGCACAGCAGGCAGCAGUGGGUGUGGCCCAGAGAAACCCAGCGUCAGUGACAUCAUUAACCUUGAAAUGUUGCAACUUGGAGGAUCCAAACUGAAAUCAAGUAACACACAGUCAGGCUGGUCCUGUCCUUCCUGUACAUUCAUAAAUAAGUCUACGAGACCCGGCUGUGAAAUCUGCAGCACAGAUCGACCCAAUCCUCCCGAUCACAGCGGCGUUCAGCAGGAAAAAGCAAGAAGAUUGAACCAGUGAAACUGUGCUGUAAUACACACAGAUAGAGACACAACCCCUAAAAUAAUCUCCCAUUCAUUCACAUUCAAACAACACGUGAGGACCUACAAUGCUUAGUUUUAAUAAGAGUUACUGCAAACAAAGCUUCAAACUCUCAUAGUGGUUCUGCAGCAUAUUUCAUCUCUAUUAGUUUACAGUAACGAGUAACUGACCAGCUGAUUUGUUGCUUGGCUUCCCUUGAAGGAGUCGUGACGUGGAUUGGCUUUUGAGCUCGAUUAAAUGCUUUGUUUAUAAGGAGGAGAAUGUUUUAAGAUGUGAAACCUGAAGGAUGUUUUAGUUGUACAAAGACCUCUUAUAUGUCAAAAGAUCGAGGACAAUGUGAUUUCUCCUGACGCCUUUAAGUGUUGAGCAGUAUUAGGCACCAGGAGUUAUUCAGGUUCAUUGUCUGAGCUAAAAAAAAAACAAAGGAGACGAUGCACAUGUUAGAAUUUCUAGUUUUCAGUCCAGUUGCAGACUGUGCUUCUCUUGCUGUUUAUUCACCAGCUUGUACUGUAAUUUCUGCUCGUGCAUCUGUUUAGGAAUCUUCUUCCCUCACUUCAUGGAGUGUAAAUCGGUGUUCAUGUCUGCUAGAACUAGAACAGGACAAAUAUUUGUUUUUAAUAUAUGUUCAUCAAGCUCUAUUUUAGGGGCUUCAGUUUUAAAUGUGACUGUAUGUCAUUAUGUGACGAGGCCAGUACAUGGUGAGAAGAACAACUGAAUGAAACUUGCAUAAAUGCAUGUUAUGUCAAAUUUAUGGUUAAUUAUUCCUUAUCUAAUCGACUGAGAAUUCUCAUCGAAGACAUUCAGAUACAGGGUUAUGAAAAACAUUUAUUUUAUUUUUUUACAUAGCGUGUUAUUUAAUGAACAAUUGCUUUGAAAUGAAUUAUAAUUGCAUUGAAUAUGUGUGUAUUGUGAAUGAUUGUGUUUAAA